UUUGUGUCUCUCUCUGCACAGGUCAUGAAGCCUCAGGAGGCAGAGCUUGUCAAUGAAAUCUCCAAGUUACAAUGCAUGGUGUCGGAGCUGAAGACGGGCUUCACCAGCGCUCUGCUGGAGCUCAGUCAGAUCCAACAUGGAGACACGUACCUGAGGGAGGAGAUGGAGGAGAACCGGAGGAGCUGUCAGAAGAAAGCUCUCCGGCUGGAGGCUCUGGUCGAAUCACUGAAGGAGGAACUGGGUGUGAUGAGAUGUCAGGUUGUCCAGCUGUACAGCAACAGACCAAGACCUCAGCAGGAUGCAAAGAGCUCCACAUCUAAGCAAAGCAUCGAUCCAGCAGAGCCGAGUCGCUGCGACUGUUCGUCUGCUCCACCAGCCGGUCUGUCCAGAGGAAAACUGCUCCUUCACUGCUUCCUGCAGGGCCUGAAGGCUGGUCUGAGUGAAGGCACAGAUGCACGACACCAGGUGGCGAUGCAACUUCUGCACUCAGAAUGGGAAUACGUGUCGACUUUAAACCAACUGUACGACAAAUACAAGACGCCACCGGCUCACCAGAUGACCGUGGAGCCGUAUCAGACUUAUGUGAAGUUUGUGGAGCAGCUGUUGCAGCGACACCUGCUGUUCAGAAACACCCUGCAAGAACGACUGUCGGCCGAACACUGGAAGUCUCUGGUCGGGGACAUCCUGGUGCAGCUGAUCGGACAAAAUGACACAGCUUUUUCAGACAUGUACCUCGGAUACACCACCACGCUGGCAUCGUUCCUCUCGCUGGAGUUCAUCAGACUGAACCAACCAGAGAAAAGCCACAAAACGCAGAGCGGCCAGAUGGAGAAGGAGGAAAUGAAACUGCUUUCGUUGCUGUUGGCGCCGGUCGCUCGAAUUCACAGCUACCUGAGUCACAUUCAGAACCUGCUGCAGUGGACCGGUAAGGAGCAUCCGGACUGCAGCCUCCUGUUGGGAACCGAGCGAGCGCUGAGGAGCAUCUUGUCUCGAUGUCACGUGAUCCUGGAGGAAGAAGUCCGAUGGGAGGAAGGAGAAGGACAAAGCAGAGACGUCCAGCCAGCUCAGGGCCUCACCAACGGGCUGGACGGCGGACACUCCAUGCGUGUCGAGUGCUGGUCCUGCAGCCCGGUGAGGAGGGACCGCACCGUCCAGAACCAGCCGGGCCACGACUGCGGACACGCCUACUGCUCCCUCCUCACCCCGGACGCCGCGGCGUGGGGGGAGAACAGCGACUCGGGUCAGGGCACCUUCAGCCAGCCCACCGGCAAAGCUCCUCACCCCAACCACAGCCUGGAGGACGGUGAGACGGACCCCGACGACACCUCGGCCUUCGACUACUCCUCCGUCACCUCCUGCAGCCCGGACGGGACCCUGCGCAGGGACACGGUGGAGAGCAUCAGCGGGGAGGACGAGGAGGACAGCCAGGUCCCGGUGCUGCUGAAGCCCUCAUACAGCCACCAGCAGCAGCAGCAGCAGCAGCAGCAGCAGCAGCAGCCGCCGUCCACGGAGACCCCCAGAGAGAGGACAGUGUGUCUGAGGUGGCAGAUCCCCAGGCUGACCCCCCACCCUCCUCUGAGGAACCCCAGCGGGCCCUAUGUGGACGGACCCACGCCCUGCCUGGUCGGCUCCUACGGGAAGAGGCUGGUCAGCGUGAGGAAGGGUUCUCCUCCUCUGCAUCCCAAAAGUGCCUUCAGACCCAUCUGGGACGAUCCGUCCAAGCAGGCUGACUCGGCUCCAGAGAAGGACAACAGACAAGGCUUCAUACCGAUUCAAGCUCCAGCCAGACCAAACUUCCAGAGUUUCAACCCGAGCAGAGAAAACCUGAGACCUUCAGCACUCGUCCAGCAGCGAGUGAACCACCCGGCAGCCAUGAGCGGUGGAGGACUGUGGGACGACAGCGAGGACAGCGAGGGACCCUGCAGCACAGUUUGACCUCCCAGAGACGACAGGACUGACGAUAAAAAAACUAAACUGUGACGUUUCAUCCAAACUAGUUCUGUGACGGACAAACAAACGGCCGCAGCAGACAGCAGAGGAGCACGAGUGACCGAUGAUGAAUCAAAAGCCUGAACACAGGGAUUGUUUUUGAGUUUAUGUUGAAGCUAAACCUUGUAGGAGCACUGCACAUGUCUUCCUUUGACUUUUUUUUUUAAAUUACCACCUCUAAAUGCAAAAUGAUGCUUCAGUGCAAGUUAAACCAAGGCUGAAUGAUUUGAGGGUAUUAUGGUCUGUCUGUCCUCCUCUAGUUCAAUAUUGGCUGUGUAAUAGAUUGAAACCAUGUGAUGCAGAGUUAUGUAUGAUGCAUAUCCUGAAUUGCAGCCAUUACAAUAUGCAAAUUGCAUUGUUUCAAUUUGUGAUAUCGAUUAAGAAAAACAGCAUCAAUCAGAUUUUU